AUGGCGAGUAAAUUUCCCCUUGGUUCAAUGGUCCUCUAUCGGCCCACGCGCCACGUUUUUGCGGUCUCUUCAGGCAGCCGAUCCGGGGCACCGUCCACCAAGGAGAGGCCAUGUGUGAUUGUCGGCUUCAACGAUAGCAAGCCUGUCCUCGCCCCGCUUUGCGGAGCGCUGCCCUUAGCCCAGGGUCAAGCAGGCCGAAUUCCCAAGACUAAGAUGGUCAGGACGGACGACCUCAUUACGCCGAUGUUUUCGAUACCCGAAGACGGAUCUAGUCUCACUCGCGAACCCAUACUUUUCACUCACGACCCACUGAGUCCCAAGGGCCCCCAAUUUCCUGCGUUGAAGCCAUCGUAUCUGUGGGUCGGGGAUGGCGGAGAAGCCGUGGAAGAAUCAAUCGUGUCCGGUCUAACCACACUAUCACCGUAUUUGAAGCUUGACGAGGAAGAACUGGAGGAUUUGAAGAAAGCCUGGGAUUAUUGGAUAAAGGCCAUUCUCGGCUUGGGCAGCUCGAGUUGCAAACUUGAUAGAUGGGUCAAUGCCAUCAUCGCGAUGUAUGACCUAUAUGGCCCAUUCGCUCCCGGGGAGAAGGGCCCGAUGCUAGCCGAGAGGGCAGAGCGUAUGGUUGCUCGCGGCGCCCAACCCAUGCCCACCCGAACGUUGAUAAGCAUGAAUGCGAUACCAGCUAUAGCAGAAUACGUGUCGCUGAAGAAGAACGCGAGUCGUCCAACCUACCAGAGUGUGAACACGCAGUUCGCUGUGAUCCAAUCGCCAGGCGCAGACGCAAAGAGAGACUCUCCUUCGUAUGCCCAUACUGACCAGCAUCAUGUCACCAAUAAUCAGCGAUGCCAUGAGGACGGAAAGUUUGCAAACGUCAGAGGGUUGCGGGAGAUCGCCAAGAAAUUUAAUGCGUUCUGUCUCAUCGUCAAGAAUGACGAACGCCUGAAUUAUGCGAUAUACGUUGAUGAUCCAGUGCUAGUGAUAAAGUUCAAAAAAUCAAUGGUAGGAUUCGUGUAG